CGCUGGACUGUGUGUGUUUGUGUGGUGUGUUAGUAAAACCACUUAGUGGACUCAACAUCUGAAACUGAAAAUGGUAAAAGGUGGAAAGCGAUAUUCUUCAAUGAGCAAUGAUGGCAAAUGGUUUGCUCAUCCAGUUUCACCAGAAAAUGAGUUAAAGACUCGAGAGACUUGUACAAGCACUGGGAUCAUGCUGACUCAGGUUAAAUCCUCGUCGCCUCAGGCUUUCAACUUUGCGCGCUAUCCUAAAUGGAAAACUCAGCAGAAAUCCAGAGAGUAUCCAUUCUCUGCUCAUGACAACAAGCACGCCUUAAAGGAUGACAUCUCUGUCUUCUCUCAAGGUGCAGGACUGGGACUGAAGAAAUGUCUUGAUGAUCGCAAUCAGCACAUCUCCCACUUCUGUCUGUGCCAUGUUGGAGCCAACAGCAGCCAUGAAGGGACCGGUGGGAACGUCUCGGCCUACCAGGCUGACUUCACGGGAAAGGCGACUGUUAAUGUCCCAGCCGGAGCCAGGCGAUUCCCCCGCAACCACUUCCAGAAGUCUGCAGAGGCUGCUUUGGCACAAGCAGGGGAGCAGUUCAUGUGGUUCGGACAAGCCGACUCUGACCCAUCAGAGACACUGAAAGUCCGGACACGUUCCAACUGCAGUUGUUGAGAGAACAUGGCACAGAUAGAACUGAAUAAAUAGCUGAUGUAAAAAUACCAACUUUCUUUUCCUGGAGUAUGUGCUGUAUUCCAGAAGUGGCAAAUAGGGAGCCUUAAAAACAAGAACUGGCUCCACAACUACCCUAUUUUGACUGGAGAGUUGGACAUUAACAGCCCAGUUAAUGUUCCAAUACCAUAAAAGUAGUGCAUCCUAUCAUAUGCUUUAUGAAACCUUGUGUAUUAAGUGCACUUGAAGAUACAAUGCAAUACAAAAAAAACUUUAUUUGUCCCCUGGGGCCAAUUUAAGAAAGUACGAAGAUGCCGUUUUAGGAUAUUAAGCUGUAUUUAGUUGCAUCUAAAUGCACUUUAAUGUACACGUUUUCAACAAGUAAUUGCAGUUUAACUUUAGAACAUUCAGAUUAGUCUUUCAGCUGGCCUAUUUAAAAGAGUCUUUCAGUGGUUUGGCUUUUUAUUUUAAAUGAUCAAAUAUAAAGCAGCAGAGGAAAUUACCUCAAUCUGCAUCUGCAUUUCCCAUAUUGCAUCACAAUAACAUUGUUUGUUCUAUGCCUGGCUUUCAAAAUUCACAUUCCAAGGAUACAAAAAUUUACGUUCCCUUUGGUGCAUCUUUAAAAAUAUUGCUAGUAUAGAAAUGUAAAAUAAUUGUCUUUCUAAAAUAAUGUUGUUUUUUUUUAAGUCUAGAAUUGGUACAAAACAACGUACUUCAAUACAGUUUUUUGCUGCUUAACUUAAAGGGUACUUCACUGAUUUGUGUUUGAAUUUUGAUAACACUGUAUUUUUUAUUCCACACCUGCUUCUUUCUUGUCAUAACCUAGUGUCUUACUAACCCACAAUGCACCACAGUUUUUAACAGUUCUGUCAGAUCUUCUCACAGCAGCUGUGGAUGUAUUGAGGAGAAGUAGAAGAUGGUAGCAGCUAAUGUUGCCUCGAGCAAAGAUGAGAAGCAGGCUGCAGAUGUUUGUUAGACUCUUCACUUCACACCUCCACAUUUCUUUCAUUUUCACACUUUAAGUCUUCAACCGCCUGAAGUUAUGUCACCUGUCAGACAGUGCAGUUUCUUCAGGAGCUUGUGCAGUAGCUUCGUAAUACACAAAUGCACUUUAGUGUUGUAUACACAAUACACUACACCAAAAGCACAAGUUAGCACAUUAAGUGCAUGUAGGUAAUGGAAGCAUCCAAACAUAAUUAUGGGAGGUUUUGAUUUAAUUACGAUCCCUGUGAAGUGUUAGUGGUUCACACUGAUGCCAGCAGAGGGCAGCAGGUCUACAUGAGUGAUAUUUUGGCCUGCUGAGCCACUGAGUUGUUGUGCAGCCAAGUUGUGCGAGAAAUGUAAUAACCGAAAACCCCUGUGUAAUGUGCACGCUCUGUGAGAGAAAACGUGGUGGGGAAAUAAUUAGAAAAAGAAUCCAGCUAUUUUUAUUCAAUGCAUAUCAACAUGAAGACAUUAAAUUAGAGCAUGUGAAAUAAAUUAA